CUCUAACAAUACAAUUACGCAACGUUUUAUUUACAUGUCGUGAGAAAAUAAAAUGUUUGACAGCUGACUUCUAAGUUCAUGAAUCAGAAUGCAGAGAAUGAAGAAAGCUUCAACACUCUUCAAACAUAUACGGUGUCACUGGAAGUACAUAGAUAGAGUUCAACCUCAAAACAGCUUACCUGUGUUAACCUCAAGUCACCAGAAUUUCAGAUAUACAAGCCAUGAUGUUUCUCAGUCUAGUCAAAACCUACAGGAAUCUUACAAAUUCCUUAAGUCCGUAUACACCACACAAAAACAUGGAGUUCUUUCAAUUGAGAGUGGAUGUAGGAAAUUUUGUCAAACAUAUCGUCACAUGACAGAAGAAGAGAAACUAGCUUUAUUGUGCCAUAUAGCAGAGAAUUAUGGUGUUGACCAGGAACUCAUUGUAGAUAUUGUUAAAAAUUUCCUUGAAUCAAAGGAGAGAGGUGAGGCUGUGAUAUUGCGUAUAGAGGAGAGAAUGCGAGGAGCAUUGUCAGCCAAAUACCAGGUACUCUUUAGUGAUAUAGGAAGAAUAGAAGGCGGAGUCAAAUUUCUCCUAGAUAUGAGAGCUGAUAUCAUACACCUACUGUCUUCCACCAAGGAUAUAGACCAUGUAGACAGAGCCCACCUGAUAGAUCUACAGCAUGCUUUAAGGGACAUGUUGUCUCUCUGGUUCACUGUUGGAUUCCUUAACCUAGAGAGGAUCACAUGGCACUCAUCAUGUGAUAUGCUGCAGAAGAUUUCAGAAUAUGAGGCUGUUCAUCCAGUUAGACACUGGCAUGAUUUAAAGAGACGUGUGGGACCAUAUCGUAGAUGUUUCGUAUUUACACAUUCCAGUAUGCCGCAGGAACCAAUUGUAGUCUUACACUGUGCUUUGACACCUGAAAUUUCAUCUUCUAUACAUUCAAUCAUUGGUAACCAUGGUUACUCAUCAAACAAUCUAGAGCAGGAGAAGAUAGAGGAAGGACCAGAAGACCCAACUAAAAUCAAUACAGCAAUGUUCUACUCUGUCUCAAAUUCACAAAAAGGUUUACAAGGUGUGGAUCUUGGUAACUAUCUAAUCAAGAAGGUUGCCGGGGAGCUUCAACACGAGUGGCCACAGAUAACACAAUUCUCCAGUAUUUCUCCAAUCCAUGGAUUCAGAGACUGGUUAAUUAGUGAAAUAAAUCUUGCUUCAAAGGACAAGGGAAGUCACUCUUCACAGUUAUUGACUGAAGCUGAGAUUGAAUGUUUAUGUAAUGCAUCAAAUAUUGACAAAGAUUUUGCAACAGCAUUACAAGUUUUUAAAGAUCAUGUCAGCCAACAUUCCUGGGUGAAAAGUGAAGAUAUGAUGAAAGCAAUGAAGGCUCCAUUAAUGAGGUUGUGUGCUAGAUACCUAUACAUUGAGAAAAGACGUGGAUAUGCAUUAAAUCCAGUUGCCAACUUCCAUUUACAAAAUGGAGCAGUUUUAUGGCGUUUAAACUGGAUGGCAGACACAACAUUACGUGGGCUGUCAAACUCUUGUGGUCUCAUGGUGAAUUACAGAUACUAUCCGGAGGACACUGUGAAAAAUAGUCAACAAUAUAUAGAACUCAAAUAUAUAAAUACUUCAAAUCAUAUACAACAGCUGUUGACCGCUGAGUAAAAAUAUAUAAUGUUUUUAAUAUGCAAAGGAAGUUAACUAAUUGUGCCGUUAACUAAGUGUGCCUUUAUGCAAAUGGAGUUAACUAAUUUUGCCUUUAUGCAAAAGAAGUUAACUAAGUGUGACUUUAUGCAAAGGAAGUUAACUAAGUGUGCCUUUCCUUGCAGUUUAACAAAAUUGGACUUUGCCAUAAGAAAACAGAAUAUUAUGCAUUUAUGUUGUUAUUCCUGUGAUAAAUGACUUAGAUCUCCAAAAUGAGUUAUUUUGUCUAAUACAUGUAAUUUGUACUUAUUAUUUAAUGAUGAUUCAAUUUUUCAAAUAAUCAAAAUGUAAACGUUUUUUUUUAAAUAUAUCUGACUUUUCUAUGUUAACCUUAUUUUUUUUCUUUAUUAACAAAAUCUUUACUUGUUAUUUUUCUAUCCCCUGCAGAUGGAAUUUGUAUAUUCAGGUUGUUUAAACUGUGUUGCCUGGGCCAUCUAACUGUAAACCAGAAGACUUUUUUCUAUAAUGAUAGACAAAGGGGCUGAGGAAACUCUAUAAAAAACAUGAAAAUAACAAAAGAAAUGGUCUGUCCGUCUGUCUCAUGUAAGGGGAUAGACAUCAUGGGGUUAGAGUUUGUGUAUACUGGUAACAUAACAUUAUGAAGUUCAUUUCAUACAAACUGUAUUGGGGCUGAAAAAGUAGCUUGUGGGGUUGAAAAAGUGUUUGGGGUUGAAAAAGAUCAAAAGAAGAAUCCCAUAAUGUCUAUUCCCAUGAAGGAUAUGUUUGUCUGUCCAUCCAAAUUACAUUUUCACACUAUUUCUUGGCAACAAUUGACUGGAUUUCAUUGAAACUUAAUGCAAAUAUGAAGAAGAGAUGCAUUUAUCAUUUGCAUGUCACAACCAGACCAUUCAACUCAGUUGUAUGACUCAUAAAUUAAACUAGGUCAAAUUAUUGUCUUUUGCUUGAUUUUUUUCUGUUAUUGGCUAUAAUACUCUGUUAUUAACAACGACAAAAUCUACAAUUAAGAAGCUCAAACCGAAUUUGACAAUUUACAAUUUAUAUAAAUGACCUUGACAUAUUUAAUGUCAAAUUAUCAAAUUUUACU